GAUAGCUUCGAAGAUGAGUCGACUGUUUCUCGUUCUGCUGUUUGUGUGCGCCGUUUCGGCCACCAGGUGCAUCAUCAAGGACGACAAGGACGAACCAGAGUAUCACGUCAUCCGAUUAGACGAUCCCAGUGGAGAGUCGGACGAAACGGAAGUCGUCACCUUGAACAUCCCGGACAGCAGACGCAAACGGGAAGCGGAUAAGACCUGCAAAAAGGACGCCGACUGCCCCGUGGGACACGUCUGCAUCCAGUAUCUGGGAUGCAUUAAAGGGCACCGAAAGAAUCAUGGCUCGCGAAAACUUCCCAUCCCGUGAGCCCGUGGGCGAUGCUUCCAGACACGGUCAAGGAGAAAUAACUGCUUUACGAGACCUAGAUAGUAAAAACCUGUACACUAUGCACUGUUCUCAACAAUAAAACAAC